AUGACACGCACUAAGAAAAGCAAGCCCGGGUCUGGAAAGAGAGCAGAGAAGGCCGCCAAACCACAAACAUACGAAGCGCCCAAGAUGACCGACGGCAAGAUUCCACAAUGGAAGCUCGGCCAGCCGAAAUACUUUUACAACAACUUCGUCCACAAGCGCCAACCUGUCGUUAUCCAGGGAAAGCUUGACGACCUCGACUUUGUCACCAAAAAUUGGGCCAAUGUCGACUAUCUGCGCGAAACGGCUGGUGAUGCUCCUGUCAAGGUCGAGCCUAUGCACAAGGAGAAGAAGCGCUAUGGUACCGAUGUUGAGCGUGUUGACACUACCUUCGGCGCUUUCCUCGACUCGCUGAAGGAAGAGAAGGACGAAUACGAUUACCUCACCACUCAAUACUCGGACGACGAAGAUGACCUGGACGAUGAAGACGAUGACGAUGAUGAAGAGAAGGAAGAUGGUCAAGACAACGAGAUCAAGAAUGGCACAUUCCCACAACCCGUACGUGCUCUUCUGCGCGAAGAGGUUCCUAUGCGUCCCGAGAUGAUGGGCAAUCUCGUUCUCCAACAGAUGAACAUUUGGCUCGGCAAGACCAAGGCUGGCACUAGCUCUGGUCUUCACCACGACUUCCAUGAUAAUCUCUACGUUCUGUUGAAGGGACGUAAGCGUUUCGUCUUGUAUCCUCCUUCAGCUGUCCACCACCUUGACACCCACGGCAAACCCAAGAAGAUCCAUCCCAACGGCUUGAUUGUCUACAAGCAGCCUGGCGAGGAUGAAGAAGAUAUGGACGAAGAAGAGAAUGAAGCCGACCAAAUCAGAGCAGACGGCCUUGUCGAAAGAGAUGCAGCCGCCCUGAAGGUUCAAGCUCUGGAAGAGCAAAUGGACAAACUGGAGGAGAGCGGCGAGAAGAAAGGUCUCGACAAGGUUCAGAAAGAAUAUGGCGAUGCCGUAGAGCGCCUGAUGAAGUACCAAGCCGCUGACUUCGGCGAGCUGGGCGAAGACGACUUUGACGAGGUCUCUUCAGAAGAAGAAUCAGAUCCCGAGGACCUCAAAGACCAAGUCCUACGCGACGUGCCCAACAAGAAACGCAAAGCCGAAGAAGAUUUGUCCGGCAGCAAACCCAGCAAAACAGCAAAAGCAGGAGCCGAAGACGACGAAGACUCGGAUGCCAACGACGACGACUCAGACGCCGAACUCCUCGAGGCCCUCGAACGCGCCCAAAACGGCCAACGCGACGACUUUGACGACGACGACUUUGACGACGACGACGAAGAUGCCUCGGACCUCGAAGAUGCUUUUGCCAAUGCUCAAGGCGAAGACUCUGCUUUCCCCACCGAACCUCUCUCAUUCUCUCAAGUCUCCACUCAAGACCUACACUCCCACCUCGGUCUCACAUCUCCCCAGAAAACCUCUGCCGCUCUUGAACAAGCAGGAAAACCGUAUGUUGUGGACCUCAAAGCAGGUGAUAUGCUAUACUUGCCCACCAGUUGGUUCCACGAGGUCACGUCGUUUAGUGAUGAGAAGAGCGAGGAUAAUGUGCAUGUUGCCUUGAAUUAUUGGUUCCAUCCUCCUGAUGCUACAAAGCCGGAGUUUGAAAAGCCUUAUGCAGAUGCUGCGUUGUGGAGGUUUAUGGAGGAGAAGGUCAAAGGUGCUUAUGAGGCUUUGGUUGCGGACAAGGAGGAGUAA